CUUCUUCUUUUUCAAUCGCAGAGAGAGUAGAACAACAAUGGAGAUUCAACACAGUAAACACGAGUCAUGGUCCGAUACGGAGAGCACGAGCAGCAGCCGAGUCGGGUACAGCGGUCCAUUAAGCGGUCCGAUACUGGUGAACAACAACAACCCGAAAAGAGCAGCAAAAAGAGCGCGAGAUUCAAGGACGGCGGCGACGAAUACGUCGAGAUCACUCUCGACAUUCGUGAAGAUUCAGUUUCCGUACAGAACAUCAAGGGAGGCGAUCCCGAGACGGCAAUGCUAGCAACCAAGUUGGAGAAAAGGCCUUCAUUCGGAUCCCAGAUUCGUUUAAAUCAGGCAAGUCUCUCAGGAACUGAAGAGAAUGACGUCCACGAAAGGAGCGGCGCCGCUCGAGCCCUCAAGGGACUGGAAUUCAUGACCAAAAACGUCGGAACCGAAGGGUGGUCCGAGAUCGAAAGACGGUUCGAUGAAUUGUCUGUCAAUGGUUCACUUCCCAAGUCAUUGUUUGGCCAAUGCAUAGGCAUGAAUGAAUCAAAGGAGUUUACAGACGAACUGUUCGAGGCCUUGGCUCGUAGAAGAGGGAUAACAUCAUCAGCAAUAAACAAAGCUCAGCUAAGGGAAUUUUGGGAACAAAUCGCUGAUCAAAGCUUUGAUGCCAGACUGCAAACCUUCUUUGAUAUGGUUGACAAAAAUGCUGAUGGAAGGAUCACAGAAGAAGAGGUGACAGAGAUCAUUACAUUGAGUGCUAGUGCUAACAAGCUGUCAAAAAUCCAAGAAUGUGCCGAGGAAUAUGCAGCCCUUAUCAUGGAAGAACUGGACAAAGACAACCUUGGGUACAUUGAGAUAUACAAUUUGGAAACACUGCUACUGCAAGCCCCAAGCCAAUCAACAAACCUAGGGACUGAAAGCCGUGUUUUAAGCAGGCUAUUGAGUGAAAAAUUGGUGCCAACAAAAGAGAGGAACCCUGUUAAAAGAUGGGGGAAGGGUCUUGCCUACUUUUUGGAGGACAAUUGGAAGAGAAUAUGGGUGCUGGCUCUUUGGAUCUCAAUCUGUGCUGGCUUGUUCACCUGGAAAUUCAUUCAAUACAAGCAUAGGGCAGUAUUUGAUGUGAUGGGCUAUUGUGUAACCACAGCUAAAGGUGCAGCUGAGACAACCAAGUUCAACAUGGCCCUGAUCCUUCUUCCAGUGUGUAGAAAUACCAUUACUUGGCUUCGAAGCAAGACAAAGUUAGGUGUAGUUGUCCCAUUUGAUGACAAUAUUAAUUUUCAUAAGGUCGUUGCUUUCGGGAUUGCCAUCGGAGUUGGCUUGCAUGCUGGUGCUCAUCUAACAUGUGACUUCCCUAGACUUCUCCAUGCCACUGAUGAUGAGUAUGAGCCAAUGGAGCAAUUCUUCGGGGAAGAACGGCCUAACAACUACUGGUGGUUCGUGAAAGGGACCGAAGGGUGGACCGGUGUGACCAUGGUGGUGCUCAUGGCCAUAGCCUACAUACUAGCUCAACCUUGGUUCCGCCGGAACAGACUAAACCUCCCAAAACCAAUAAAGAAGCUCACCGGAUUCAAUGCCUUUUGGUACUCACAUCAUCUAUUUAUCAUUGUGUACGCUCUCUUCAUUGUUCACGGAUACUAUCUCUACCUCUCCAAGAAAUGGUACAAAAAGACAACAUGGAUGUAUCUAGCAGUUCCAAUGCUAUUAUACGCUUGCGAACGCCUAAUUCGAGCAUUUAGAUCAGGCUAUAAGUCAGUGAAGAUUUUAAAGGUUGCAGUAUACCCUGGAAAUGUACUCUCUCUGCAUAUGAGUAAGCCUCAAGGAUUCAAGUACACCAGUGGCCAAUACAUCUUUGUGAACUGUGCUGAUGUCUCCCCAUUCCAAUGGCAUCCCUUCUCCAUCACUUCAGCUCCCGGAGAUGACUAUUUAAGUAUCCACAUUAGAACCUUAGGCGAUUGGACAUCCCAACUCAAGGCCCUUUUCUCAAAGGUUUGUCAGCCUCCAUCAGUUGAUCAAAGUGGCCUCUUGAGAGCAGAUAUUGGUAAAGGCGAAAACAAGCCUAGGUUGCCAAAGCUUUUGAUUGAUGGUCCAUAUGGAGCACCAGCCCAAGACUACAAAGAAUACGACGUUCUUCUCCUAGUAGGACUCGGCAUUGGUGCCACCCCACUAAUCAGCAUAGUCAAAGACGUGCUCAACAACAUCAAGCAACAAAACGAAAACGAACAAGGCAUCGAAACAAUCGGUGCCAAGAACAAGAGGAAGCCGUUUGCCACGAGACGAGCCUACUUCUAUUGGGUCACUAGGGAGCAAGGCUCGUUCGAGUGGUUCAGGGGAGUGAUGAACGAGGUGGCCGAGUACGAUCGGGACAGGGUGAUUGAGCUCCACAAUUACUGCACGAGCGUGUACGAAGAAGGGGAUGCGAGGUCGGCUUUGAUCACCAUGCUUCAGUCCCUCCAACAUGCCAAAAGUGGCGUCGAUAUCGUCUCGGGAACACAGGUGAAGACCCAUUUCGCCAGGCCGAAUUGGCACAAGGUCUUCAAGCACGUUGCUGUUAACCACGCUGACAAGAGAGUCGGAGUAUUUUACUGCGGUGCACCUGGAUUAACAGGGGAGCUAAGAAGGUUAGCUCAAGAGUUUUCGAGGAAGACCAGCACAAAAUUCGAUUUCCACAAGGAAAACUUCUAGACUUUUCCCC